CCCUUAAUUGGAUGUCUGUAUACCCUGCGUGGCUUUCAGCUUCUAAGAACAGUCGGUAUCCCUAGGAGGCAGACUCAGGAGGGCUGAAGGGGUGAGCAAGGAGGACAGCUGAGAACUUGACCUGUGGCUGCAGCGCCCGCGCCAGCACCAGGUUAUCAUGGCAUCUGAAUCCACCAUGAUCGCCCCCAUUUGUCUAGUGGAAAACCAGAAAGAGCAGAUGACGGUGAAUCCAAGAGCAUUACAGAUUCUGAACAAGAUUUCUCAGCCUGUGGUAGUGGUGGCCAUUGUAGGGCUAUAUCGUACAGGAAAAUCCUAUCUCAUGAAUCGUCUUGCAGCACGAAGACAAGGCUUCCCUCUGGGCUCCACAGUGAGGUCUGAAACCAAAGGUAUCUGGAUGUGGUGUGUGCCCCAUCCCUCCAAGCUGGACCACACCCUAGUCCUUCUAGACACCGAGGGCUUGGGUGAUGUGGAAAAGGGUGAUCCUAAGAAUGACUGCUGGAUCUUCGCCCUGGCUGUGCUUCUGAGCAGCACCUUUGUCUACAACAGCAUGAACACCAUCAACCACCAGGCCCUGGAGCAGCUGCACUACGUGACUGAACUAACAGAGCUAAUCAGGGCAAAAUCCUGCCCGGCACCUGACGAAGUAGAGAAUGCCACCGAAUUUGUGAGUUUUUUUCCAGACUUUGUUUGGACUGUACGGGAUUUCACCUUGGAGCUGAAGUUAAAUGAACAUCCCAUCACAGAAGAUGAGUACCUAGAGAAUGCCUUGAAGCUGAUUCCAGGCAAGAAUCCCCGAAUCCACAAUUCCAACAUGCCUAGAGAGUGUAUCAGGCGUUUCUUUCCAAAACGGAAGUGCUUUGUCUUUGACCGGCCUACAAGUAACACAAAAAAUUUAUGCCAUAUCGAGGAAGUGCCAGAAGACCAACUGGAAAGGAAUUUCCGGGUGCAAUCAGAAAAUUUCUGUUCUUACAUCUUCACCCAUGCAAAGACCAAGACCCUCAGAGAGGGAAUCAUUGUCACCGGGAACCGGCUGGGGACCCUGGUGGUGACCUACGUGGAUGCCAUCAACAGUGGAGCAGUGCCUUGUGUGGAGAAUGCAGUGACUACUCUGGCCCAGUGUGAGAACUCGGCCGCUGUGCAGAGGGCAGCCGACCACUACAGCCAGCACAUGGCCCAGCGAGUGAGGCUCCCCAUGGACACGCUCCAGGAGCUGCUGGACGUGCACGCGGCCUGUGAGAGGGAAGCCAUUGCAGCCUUCAUGGAGCACUCCUUCAGGGACGAUGAGCGGGAGUUCCACAAACAGCUCGUGGUAACCAUAGAGAAAAAGAAGGAAGAAUUCUUGCUGCGGAAUGAAGAGGCAUCUCUCAAAUAUUGCCAGGCCGAACUUAAACGUCUUUCAGAGUCCCUGAUGGGAAGCAUUUCCAGAGGAACUUUCUCUGUUCCUGGAGGGCACAAGCUCUACUUAGAAGCAAAGAAAAAGGUUGAACUGGACUAUGAGCUAGUGCCCAGGAAAGGAGUUAAGGCAAACGAGGUCCUCCAGAGCUUCCUGCAGUCACAGGCAGUUACAGAGGAAUCCAUCCUGCAGUCAGACAAAGCCCUCACUGCUGGAGAGAAGGCCAUAGCGGCGGAGAGGGCCAUGAAGGAGGCAGCUGAGAAGGAAAUGUUGGUGCAAAGACAGAAACAGAAGGAGCAGCAGCAAAUGAUGGAGGCUCAAGAGAGAAGCUUCCGAGAAAACAUAGCCCAACUUACAGAAAAGAUGGAGCGGGAAAGGGAAAAUCUUUUAAGAGAGCAUGAAAAGAUGCUGGAGCACAAGCUGAAGGUCCAAGAAGAACUGCUUAAGGAAGGAUUUAAAAAGCAAUCUGAAGAGUUAAGUAAUGAGAUCAAUCGACUACAAGAAAAGAUUGAAAGAGCUAACAAUGCAAGACCCUCGGUGAUUUCACAGAUCCUUGACACGGCUGCCAAUAUGUUCCUUGCAGUCUUACCUGUACCUGCUAAGCUAGUUGGUGCAGGGAUGAAAUAUCUCAGCUCACAUAUUAGAUAGGCUGAGUAUUCCUGGUAAGCAAAUUAUAAAAUAAAGUUUCUUUUGUUUUA